CUAGUGUUGUUGAAGCAAGCAGUCAUGAGAUUACCAGCAAUGAGAAAUCACGUAGUGCCCGCCAUAGACUUAUGUUUAUUAAUAUCGUUCGCUCAGUGUGUCCCAGAUGAAUCGGAUGAAUUGAUAAAAAAGUAUAAACUUCAGUGCAUUGACGAAACAAAAGCGGACCCGGAACUGGUGAUCAUGUUAAAAGCAGGAAAUUGGAAAGUAAAUGAUAUUCCUCUGAAAAAAUGGGCCCUUUGCGUUCUUGUCCGAGCCGGGAUCAUGUCACCUGAGGGAGUGUUCAGAAUUGACGAGGCACUUGAUACCGUGCCUGAUAAAGAUCAAGAUUAUGUGAUGAGUCGAAUAGACAGUUGUCUACCUCAAAAAGAGUUUGUGCCUUACGAGAUCGCGUGGCAUUAUUUAAAAUGUUACAACAAAAAGAAGCCCAAGCAUUUUAUACUUGUGUGAGAAUCUUUUAAACUGCACGUCCAAUUAACCGCAAUAGCAUGUAGAUGCGCUCGCAUUUAAGUAGAUAGAUUAUUGGAAGUAUUUUAAGGUCCAAGUCGGCAAUCUGUUAUUCUCUAAUAUUGUUAUAUGAUAUACCUUAAUAAAUCCAGCUGCUACGCAACAGGCUUCAAAUGACAAAACUGUCCGGAAAUACGGAAUAGCGUUAUAAUAUUUUAUUUUAUUGCAAUUAUCGCAUUUGCAAAGAAAAAAAAUGCGUACAGCAAAGUUCGAUAUUUAAAAUAAAUGUACUUUUACCAAUUCGCAAACACGAGAUUGCCAACUUUGAUUUUAAUUGGACAUUAUUAGUUAGUACCUAUGUGCUUAUAAGCUAGACAAACAAAUGUAAAGGCUCGCCAACGCAUUAUUCUCUGACGUAUAUUUUUGAGCCUCAUACACUACUACUUUUUGCAAUUGUUACUGGCAACAAAUUUAUUUUUAUUCUUGUUUGCGAAUCCAACAGUAUCGCUAUAACUGCUAUUUAUAUCGAUUCAGUCGUUAUACAGCAUCGAUGAUGUACAAGUAUCGCGUUUGCAUCGAUGCAGGCGCGCACGAGUAGUAAUGCAGACGCGGUGUUAUAGUAACAUACAUACAUAAA